AUUUGAACCAUUUGAGGUUUGUUUUUAUUCAUUAAAUGUACUGACAAGCGCGCAUCACCUCACUCGUAUAAGUCGUGGUGUUAGCUGUGCGUACCCUAUAUAUAGUAUGUCUAUAGUAGAUGAUGAAGAAUUUGCAACCGGAGAUUCUGGGGCUUCAAAAACACUACCGAAACAGUGUAGUGCUCUGAGAAAAGGCGGACAUGUCGUUAUGAAAGAUCGUCCUUGUAAAAUCGUGGAAAUGUCUACGUCAAAGACCGGGAAACAUGGCUCUGCUAAAGUGCACUUAGUUGGGAUCGAUAUAUUCACUGGUAAGAAAUAUGAAGAGAAUCGCACAUCAUCACACACUAUGGAUGUGCCUGUCAUCACAAGUAAAGAUUACCAACUGGUGGAUAUCAAAGACGGGUUUUUGUCACUAAUGGGCGAAGAUUUAAAUAUGUUCGAAGAUAUUCCCGUUCCGGACAAUGAAGUUGGAAGGGAAUUACAGGAAAAAUGGAAUUCAAGAGGGGAAUCGGAUAAUAUGAUCGUCACUAUAUUAUCUGCUAUGGACGAAAGGCAAGCACUAAAAGUUCGUACUUCUUCAGAAAAGUAAACAGAAUCCCAUUUGAAUAAAACUUCACACGACACUAAUGUUAUAUGAAUCAGACGUUAGUAUCUCGUAGUCAGUAAGGUUUCACAGUCCGUUUGAUAGUUUCGGCGUCAUACGUAGCACCGACAUAUUCAUCCCACGCCUUCCUACAUUUGGCGACAACCCAUGUAUGUUCCUCAUGAUCUAGUACAUCAAUAGUAUAUCACUAAACCUACCUGCAUUUCGAAGAAAACAUCCAUUAUAAUCUGUAACUACUCCCGUCAACGGAUUGUAGAAACCAUCUCCAGUAUCGUAGCAUCCGUCUGGUAUUUGUGUCCUUGGUUCUUUGUCCACUAUUUGUGACCUUCCUGCAAAGUAAAGAAAUAUGUUGAUGCUUGCUACAUGAAUAACUGCUAAACACUCGCGGCUCUUCUACUUACAUCUGGUUUCUGAGAUUAUUACCAUCUACUAUAUAGUAUCCUCCCCUACCCAGUUCGUUAGUGACCUGAAUAAUAUAUAAGUUUAAUAGGUUGAGAUGCCUAUGAUCACAUCAGUAAAUUUGAUACCUACUUAUUACAACAGUCGAUAGAUUAGUGAUUUUUUGGAUGGCGUUAAUCUUGGCAGGACAUAGGGCCAUUAGUUAUCCUUGUUACUAGUCUGUUCGAAAAGUUAGAUCUGAAAAGUGUUUUAGUGUUGAAAUUUUUGGAACCAAGUAAUUUUGCGAAACAACUGUCUGGGCACCCGGGCAGUAUCUCAGCCUUCACGCAUAUCAAUGAUGUCUGCCACUGGCCUCUUUGUUAUUGUGUGGCGCAAAUGUAAUUAGUGCUAUGAUAAACAUUGUGUGUAAUAAGACGACGUUUGUCAGAACUAUGUGAUAUGUAAGGGCUAAUAUAUCACAUAGUUCUAAUAAUCUUCGUCUUACUACACUAUCGAUAUUUAUCAAAGGGACUAAUUACUAAGAUAAACACCUUGUAACUCAUCAAUAAUUAACGAAGAGUAGAUUUCAUCGGCGAUAGCGGCAGUAAACUGAAAUAUACCGUCUGGCUAAUUCAAGCCCAAUUUUGUAGAUCUGGUCUGUCUAUCAUAGCUGGCUGUCGAUUGUACAUGGCGGGUAUUCCAUAACUGGUUUUAUGUUCUUUACAGGGCUCGCCAAUUAAUAAGUACUCGGACGACUAGUGAAACUCCUGGGUAUAGUAAUGUAUUACGUCGUUAAGAUUCAUUACAAUGUAAAACGGCGUAUUCUGAUUUUGGAGCUAAGUGAACAAACGCUACUUCAGUCGGCUGGGGUUUUAGGGUUGCUUAAAAUGCUUCCCGUGUACUACUAGAUUGUCAUCAGAAUCACUUUUUCUCGAAAAACUUGGGGAAAUUCCCCGAGCUUACCUCUGGUACAGUAAGUGAAGGGAUUUGGUAGUCGAAAUUAAAGUCGUCCAACAUAACACUAUUUUAAAAUAGUGAAUGGAAUAAUAAUUGGAAUUAUGAUGUGCUGAGCUGAGGCUUCGUUUACUUGGGAUGCUCUAACGGGUGAGUCAGUUUUGCGGUUAUUUAUAAGCCUCUUAAAAAAACCCAACUCAUUUGUCAGCAAUCUACUCUGUUUUUGAGAAAUCGCUCAGCAGCAUUAUUUCCUGUCUCGCAAACUAAUCAGCGUUAAUGUAUUGAGCUCUCAAACUUACUUCUGGUUUCUUCCGGGUGGACCUCAUGCAUAGGAAUUUUUGGCGUCCCUAUUAUUUUAUGUCGCACCUCAGGCCUUGCGUGAAACCCCAUGAUCUGGUGUCUAGUGCUCGCUGUUUCCAUGAGACCCCUACACAUUGUUUUGAAUUGUUUAUUCCACUAUUCACUAGGCUGUACCAUUAAAGCCCACUUUUCGAGUAUCUAGAAAGCUUCGGGAUGUAUUGUGCUCGGAAGCAGGACGUGCAUUUCUUGACCAAAUUAGAACAAUCUGUCAUGUUUUAUUCAGGUAGUUAACUGUAAGAGAACUAUGUAUCAAAAUAAAUGGUGUUGCGUGGCUGUAAUCUAUGCAUUCAAUUGCGCUUAUUACUUCAAGCCUAAUAGAUAAGUUCUACAGAAGUUUUAGAGAUUCAAGUCCUCAAUUUAAUUUCUCGACUGAGCGGUCAGAUGUCAAUAAUAGGUUGUUGCAAUUAGAUUUUACCCAAGUGAAUGUUUAUCUUAGCGAACUACAACCUUAAAACAUUGGGCUGCAUGUCGUAUAAUUGAUCUACGUCGGUUGAUUUAGGGCGUUAGCAUAAUAAUUCAUAGCUUGAAAGUGAGUACACGAUUCUGCACUAAUGCUGCAUCGCAUCAUCUACCCCUAAACAUCACAGCGACUACUGGGUUUAAGGCGAAAUGAAGUUAAGGGUGCACUUUGGUGGUCUGAUACGUUUCAGUGUCAACCGAUUUUUAGAACCUACGAAAGACAGCCGCUUUUAAAGGAUGCUUGCGGCGUUAACACACCACAAGGAUCGAAAACAACCAAUGUGAUUGAUGAACGUUUCUACGCAAUGACUGGGGGAAACAAUGUGCAGUCAAAGCAAGGGAAUCGAAACUGUUGUGAUCGCUAGUAACAAACUGUCGCUCAUAUUCGUCGAGAGAGCUAGGCUUGGAAAGUGAGACUGCCAAGAUAAAGAACAAAGCUAGCUUAUCCAGGCCAUGACUAAAAUAAUCGGAGAGCCUGUAGAAUCAGUGCGAAGUGCCCCCAAUUACUCUGUGGAGCCUUGUUUGCUUCAAAAUCAAGAGAUUCUAAAUAUUUUUAACAAAGAGGGUUCAAUAUUAUCAGUGCGAGGCAAUCGGACAUUAUUCCGUUUGACGUAUAUUGGUCCGGUUUCAUGGGAAAAACAAGUACUAAUGAGUAGAGAAUAUAGCGUGACCAAUGGAGAUAUAAGAACCUUAGUUUUUCUAGCCAUCCAGCUGUAGCUUCACGUCACUGAGUGUUCUGUAUCUGGGUUCUUAGGUCACAACUAACGUCAAAUAGUCAUCGUCCAUUAUAUUAAAAGGUGUUAAUCAUGUCCGUCCGAUCCUGUCCACAAUUUGAUGUGGUCAUACUAUACAUUCCUACAUGUAACAUGCUUUUCCGUCUUACUUCGGGGUUGUUUUUUCACGUGGGCUUUUUAUGGAUUAAAGUUGCCAUCACUUCACAAAUACAGAAUGUUGCUUCACCUUUUACGAGGCGGCAUUACUUAAUCUAAUUAUUAUUAUGAAUGUAAGUAGUUAGGGACGUCGACCGUCUCACUAAUCUUACAUAUCACUUACAUUAGAACUAAAUGAGUAGCGAUAAGUUUACACCUUAAGUAUUGGGUGAAAGGUGUUAAUCGCCCUCUAAGUUCUUGAUAUUACAUCGACCGAUGGGUUAACAUCGUGUGUUGUGCUUCCCUGACUUCACUAACUGGGGACGCAAUUGUCUGUCUUCUUUUCAACUGCCUGUAUCAGCUUGUAUUAUACACUGUAUUUGACUAGAUUCCUAUUCAUCAUUGAAUACAGUGGCACACCAUAACCUGUUUAAAUUUUAGUUUUCACGGAUUUUACAUUUAAAGUGACUUUGUGUAAAUGCUUAGAAGUUAUCAACCUCUUUGAAAUACAAAGCAUAUACAUCAGUAUUUCUAAAUCGAAAUUAAUGGAGUAGAUUAGGUUUCCUUGAACACAAUGUCAGUCACUGACUAAACUGAUAACAUAUUUUUGUGAUACCCCAAUUAGUAAAAAAUUGUAUUUCUGACGUUUCGUGA